UUUCAUUUUACAAUGUCCUUGAUACAAUAGUAAUAUUAAACAGACUAGAACUACACAGCCUUUAGCUGAUUUCCUGAUAUUAACCUGAAAAAACAUGCAGGCAGUUAUAUCAGUAAAUAUUUUGAUCAUCCUUUUUGGACAAAGGGCUGAACUUGCAAAAACUCGACCAAAGAGGCUCUUUAAACAUGUGAUCCACAUCGGAGUAGAUGGUUUAAAGCCUGGUUGUAUUGCGAACGCUACGGGAGGAGCGCCAACCUUUCGAAAACUCGGUGAAGAUGGCUCCUGGACACAUACGAAGGCACGCACGGUGAUCCAGACGUCGUCAGGUCCCGCAUGGACAGCAGCAUUGUGCGGUUUAAGUCCCAGGAUGAGUGGGGUCAGGAAUAAUCACUGGAAGGUACCUUGGAUCAAGUCUCUUAACUUUACUCCUCAAAUCCCUCCAAUAACAGGACUCGAUGAACCAUUUCCGUGCAUCUUUGAGACGAUUAAAAAACAAGACAAAGAUGUUCAAACUGCAUUUUUCUUCAGUUGGACAUGGUUCCAAAAUCUUGGUAAUACCGGGAUACGUGGUAACUACAUAGACCAUGAGGUAGAUGUUGGCUAUGGUAGUACACGCGCUGAAUACAGAGAGUCAGAUGAAUUAGUUGCAGGAAAUGCAACAGAAUACAUCAAAAAUGUUCUCCGUAAAAAGGCAAAGAGUUACUCCUUUAUAUAUCUCAACUUUAUCGACGAGACGGGUCAUUUAUCUCGCUGGUGUAGUCAAGAAUAUGAAGAUGCUGUCGGAGUCGUAGAUAACCUUGUUGGAGAUAUCGUUGAAGCUAUUGAAACAACUCCUGAACUUAAAGAUGACACUAUGAUAAUCGUACAUUCAGAUCACGGGGCAAUAUUCAACGACAGUGGACAUCAAUUUAAAGAAUCGAUCGAAGCUUUACUAAUUCCUGUAUAUCUGACUGGAUCUGGUAUAAAGAAAGCAUACGAGAUGCAGAAGAACAUAUGGAUAGAGGAUAUGCCUCAAACUGUCAUGUUUGCUUUGGGCCUCAAUCCCCAUGAUGUUUGGAGAGGGAAACCAAUGGAAGAGGCGUUUGAAACAGAAGUAAUUGAUUUAUGCCCCAGUUGUGGAUGGCUUUCACAUUCCAAAUGGACAUGGAUAAUUAUACUGACUGGAAGCCUUCUGCUAUUGAAUGUUUAAUCCCCGGAGCUUAAUCAUGUGAAGCAUUUUAGGUACUAAUUAUCAGUACUAAUUAUCACUGGCGGAUCCAGAAGCUAGCAAGGGGCCCACAUCUCGAGUCCCCCCGCCUCCCUGGAUCCGCCAGUGCAAAAGAGACUGUAUACAUUUUGCAAUAUAAUAGAUACAAUUUAAAUUGCAAAGUAAAAGUGAAGAUUCUACAGAAAUAGAGGGGAAUGAUGUGAUUUACAACAAAUGCUGCAGAUUUAUUUUUUCAUUUUAAGUUUACCAGUUG